AUGCCGAUCAUUAAUGCUGGAGACAAGGAAUUUCAUUUAUCUCAUGAAGAAGAAGAUAAAUUGAACCAGUUUAAAGGUAUCACAGAUUUCCCAGAGGAUGAUCUUGCACAGGUGAUAAAACUAUUGCAGAAUCAUAGUUGGCAUUUAGAACCUGCCAUCAGCCGUUUUUUCGACGAUAAUUGGAAAGAUUCAUUGUCUCAAUUAUCAUCUGCUACUACUGGAACAAGAGGCAAUUCAGAUGAAAUGGAAUUACCUACUGGAACGUCUCCAUCUCCACCACUAACAAGAAUUCCUACACCAGGUCCUCGCUUUGAUAGAAAUGAUGGGGUAAGAGCCAGACAUACGUUGAUAGAUCAAUGGCAAGCAAGCAGAAGCCUUGUUCCAAUAUUACCGUUGGUGAAACGAUUGCCAAUUGAUUAUAGAGAUAAAUUUAAAGUAGUUGGGUUGAAUUAUGCUCCAGGUGUUUCGAUACCGGGAAAUAAUGAUUGGAGUCCCGUAGUAUUGCUAUUAAUGGUUAUACCAAGAUUCUUGUGGAAAUUAGUCACUGUAUUGUGGUCAUUGAUUACGUUUGGUCUGUUAGACGAUAAUGAUAACAGUAAUGGCCAAAAAAAUAGCGUGAUGGUACAUGUUCCAAAGCUACCUACUCAGGAAUUUGACAAAAUUGUUUUAUCCGACGUGUGGAAUGACGCUACAACUGAGAAAGAUUGUGAAAAUAUAGAAAGAGCCACCAAAUGGUUGAGGGGUCCUCACAUCCCAUUCAAUGAUGCUCUUAAAUUAUGCGAAGAAGAGUUUAAAUUCUUAUUGGUGGUCCUUGUAGGCGCAAUGCCAAUUUCGAAAUCAUCAUUUGAGGAUACAAAUGAUGACGUGAAAGACUCAACGGAUACACACACAGCCAAUAACGGAAAUAUAGAUACUAAUUCUUUGAAGAUUAUUAACAAAUUUUUUACACAUGAGAAAGUAUUAGAUACACUUGAUAAACAUAAAGACGAGCUGAUUGUGUAUUUUGGAUCUGUCACUGAAUUAGAACCGUGGCUUGUUGCAAGAAACUUAAAUAUUAAAUAUACUCCCGAAUGUUUAUUGGUUGGUAAUGUAUUAAAUGGCAAUGGAUCCCUAAAUGGUACUACAAGACUAUCUGUAUUAUCUAGGUUACGAAUCAAUUCCACAAGAAAAUUCCAAAAUUCUUUAAAAGUGACAUUAGAUAAAUUUGAAAGCGAAUUGGUUGUGAGUAGAACUGAAAAAGAAGAACUUAGAGUAGCAAGAGAAAUUAAACAAUUGCAAGAACAAGCAUAUGAAGAUUCUCUACGGAAGGAUCGUAUUAAAGAGGAGAAUCGUAGGAUAGAUGCUGAAGAGAAGGCCUUACAAGAUGAAAUAAAAUUGGAAAAAGAACAACAGAUAAAACUAGCCGAAACGAUAAGCAACCUAAGAUGGUUAAAACUUUGUGUUGAUUCCUUAGGUCAGGAUACUUCUAUAGAUAAAUUGAAUGAAUGCGCUACUUUACAGAUCAGAACCUCAAACGGUGCCAGAAUCGUUAAAAAAUUUAAAAGUGAUGCUACAUUACAUUCUGUAUACUGUAACAUUGGGUGUUACUUGUAUUUGAAUCAAAAUUCUUCCGACUCUGUUGAGUGGAGUCAGAGUGUAAUGGACAAAAUUAAAGAGUUGGUUAAUGAUUCCUCAGUAUUAUGUUUUAAAGAUAAAUUAACUAUAGAGGAUGAAUUAGAUGAAAUGCAUCUGAAAGAAUUGAUUUCUACUGAAUUAACAAAAUGGAUGGAAUUAGGUGAUAAGGACUCUCCAUUAUCAUUUGAUUUCGAGUUAGUUUCUCCAUUUCCAAGAUAUGAAAUUCCUCAUAAUGAACAUACUAAGAUAAGAGAGGUGUCACAACUAUGGCCAAAUGGGAGUUUAUUAGUCGAAGACAUUAUCGAAUCAGAAACUGAUGAAGAUGAAGAUGAGGACGAGUGA